UAUGUAUUUUUUGUAUCCGUUGCACGGUUGAAAAACAUGCAUACGAGGCAAACAGAAUGUAUCAGGCAUACAUGUCUGGCACAAUCGCUGCAUCAUUUUAAAGAAAACUAUAGGUUAAAUCUUUUCUUACCAGAUGAUUUGCUAAUAUACCGAUUGCUAUCAGACGUGCAUCCACCUUUUGAGAUGAUAAUAUCAAUUUCUGCUUCUUUGAUUAUUAAUCUAUUGACUAUUGAAAUGAAUGUGCAAGAAGAGAAAUCUGUAAAUAAUAUCAAAGAUAAAUACUGUGGAUAUACCAAGUUGNUGUUAUGUGUAAUUUUUACAUAUAUGUAAAAGUUACACAUAACACAGGACAUAACAUGACGUCAGAAGAAUACAAAAGAAAUAUAACGUCGCUGAUGAAUGAUAAUAUCAAUUCCGUAAAUAACAUCAAAGAUAAAUACUGUGGAUAUACCAAGUUGCUUGAAGACAAGAAAGAUAAUUCAAAAAAAGAGAAAAAGAAGCUGUUGAUGCAAUCCCUGUGGGAUUAAAAUGUGAAACACGAUAGCUGGAAACCGCAGGUCUCUAUAUUUUGUUGUCUUUGAGUUAUUCGAAAAACAUCCACUGCAUUAUAUUUUCCUGCCGAUAAUAGUAGAACACAUGCAUAUUAUAUGUACUUUUUUAUCUUUCUUGUCUUCAAGCAACUUGGUAUAUCCACAGUAUUUAUCUUUGAUGUUAUUUACAGAAUUGAUAUUAUCAUUCAUCAGCGACGUUAUAUUUCUUUUGUAUUCUUCUGACGUCAUGUUAUGUCCUGUGUUAUGUGUAACUUUUACAUAUAUGUAAAAAUUACACAUAACACAGGACAUAACAUGCCUAGGAUACCUUCUAUUUGCCUCGUAUGCAUGUUUUUCAACCGUGCAACGGAUACAAAAAAUACAUAGUCAUCAGGAAAACUUCAUAUUCGUCCACAUUCAGAUACAUAUUAUAAAUCAACUAGUCAAAUGCAUAUUAAUAGUCUCGAAAAUAUAUUAGAACUAAACCGUUUAUCUGUAAAAUCAGUUUGUAUAAUUGCAUCAGAUGAUGGUCCAAAUUGGUCACAUAAAUGUGGUGGAAAAAUUUUAUUUUAAUGAAUGAACAUCUGAAUGAAGAUCAGGUUUUACCCUUUGAAAUAUCCAAAAUCAGCUCUAAUCGGAACCAAAAAAAAGAGUUCUGAAGGUUUUCUGAAAGUUGCCUUGAGUCAGCAUAAGAUUUGAGCGAGAUAUAAGGCGAAGUUAUUUUCAUUUCCACACAAAAACAAAUGUUGUUCAGCGUAGUUGAUUAUCUAUACUCCAUGGCAUUUCGAGAUUUCCAGUCAUCUCAUGAUUAUAAUUCGUAUGUAGUUUAUUCUCUUUGUGAAAAAGUAUUAGUUAUCUACCAUCAACAAUUGCAGCCUGAUGAUUCAAACAUCAUUUCAAAAUUAUUCCACGUUGGGUUUAUGUGAUAUGACUGGGGUUUCCCACAACUUCAGGCCAAGGUUUCCAAAUAAGUUCAGAAGUUGUGGGAUACCCCAGUCUUGAUGGUCAUGCAACCGGAUGGGCAAAUGAAACACUACCGCCAAUACAACCGACGACGGUUUAUUACCCGUGCGAAGACGUACGAUUAAAAGAGAAUCGAACACCACAACAAGUGCAAGUUAAAAGUCGGUUCGCCCAUGUAUAUUCGGCAGAAUAUACAAACUCGAAUCGAGCAACACGAACGGGAUGGCCACCCCGAGGAUACAGAGGUGGAAGAGGGCGAGCCAGAGGAGGAAGACCAUACCCGGCGGCUGAUCAACAGAGUAGAAGACGGGAAGACCACGAUAAUCAGCUGAGCAAUAUAAGCAACAAUCAGCGCAGACGUGCAAGACCACCAGGAAGAGGACAACCGGAUGAACUCGACACGUAUUUGAAACUAACAGCUGACAAUGAUAGUUUACUGGAUAAUGAUAGUUUUUCACAAUUCAAUGACUUUUAG